GUUCCUGCAGACUCUGUUCACACAAACGACUGGACCAAGACGCUGUAAUGUUCAGAGCAGGUGUGAGUGUGACAGCGAUACUGCAGCUCAACAGCAUGAAGAUGAAACUUCUUCAAAAGGUUUAUGGGAAACUGACAUGUCUGCAGCAGCUUACAGGUUCAGUUCGGUGGAGGAGCAGUGCCAGACCAGCACCGUUACUGACGGUCGCUCCUGUUCGCACCCUCGUGGAUGAAAAGAUCAGCAUCAAAGGUCACUUCCUGCCCCCCCACUGUCCCGUCACAGUGUACGCUCGAAUGCACAGCGAUGAGGGAGACCUGUGGGAGUCAUUUGCCCAUUAUAACACAAACGCAACAGGCACUUUUAGCAUGACCAGUGAUCAUUCAGUCGGAGGCUCCUAUCUGGGCUGUGAGCCGAUGGGAGUGUUCUGGGGGAUGCAGCCAGCUCCUGGAGAAAGAGAAGGUUUGAGACUCAGGAAGAAAGAUGUGGAGACUCCUUACGUGGUGUACAUCUCCCUACUGGAGGGUCACGUUUCUCCCAGGGAAGUUCAGACCACUGAGCUGGCUGCAGUUACUGCUGAACGGUGGUACCUCGCACCAGGAGUGAAGAGAACGGAGAUUCGUCAAAAUGGAAUUGUAGGAACUUUAUUCAUACCUCCUGGCCCAGGCCCGUUUCCAGCCAUGCUGGAUCUGUGGGGACUAGGUGGAGGACUGCAGGAGUACCGCUCUUCGUUGUUUGCAUCCAAGGGUUUUGUUAGCUUUUCACUUGCCUACAUAGGGCACAAAGAUUUACCUGGUCCGCCAAAUCGUGUCAAUGUUGGAGAUUCAUAUUUCAAGGCAGCAUUCCAGCUACUUCAGAAUCACCAUCAGGUCGUCUCAGACAGAGUCGGGAUCAUCGGUCUGUCCUUUGGAUGCUACUUGACGCUUCGCAUCGCUGCCCAGACUGGAGUUAAACCUUCCUGUUUGAUUGGUAUUAACGGCCCUGUUGGAAGUACAGUGACUCCCUUUGAUGUGGGGGGCAGUACUAAACUGAUUGAUAACAUCGAGAAAUAUUGUACAUACAACGAACAAGGUUAUAUAAUUUUCAAAGAGGCCUCCCUUCCUGCUAAUCUCCCUCCUGACAGCAUCGUCAAGGUGGAGAAGAUCGACUGUCCUCUGAUGUACGUAGUGGGUGAGGAUGAUCUGAGUGCCUCGAGCAUUGAGAACGCAGACAUGAUUGAGGAAUCCCUGAAGUCUGUUGGUAAGUCCAACCUGUUCACCCGCUUGUCGUACCCCGGAGCCGGACACCUAAUCGAGCCACCUUAUGCACCGAGCGUUCGAGCCUCUAUGUGGUCCGUCAAACCCAAGAAAUUGAUCACUAUGUGGGGGGGGCACCCUGCACCUCAUGCUGCUGCCCAGGAAGAUGCCUGGACAAAGAUUCUGGAUUUUAUGGAUAAGAACCUUAGGUGUUGAUAAGUUGGAGUGGUAUUUUACAUGAUCCUACACGGAACAAUAAAUUUAUCUGGGUAAAAGUCCCAUAAAUGUAUUUGUUGCUGUUCAUUAAGCAGCAGAUUCUCCACCAGAGGAAGCUGUUCUGUUGUUUCAGAGCUGUGACUUCAGAACCAGAUGCUGUGCAGUUUCAGUCAGUGAAAGUUAUUACAGCAGCAGUUUGAACUCAUAAAUGUCAGGUCACUUUGAGUUCAUACUAGUCAACGGGGUAAAAUAUUUCUUAUAUACCUUUAAAUAGAGCAAUUUAAGUAUAAAUGUAGAUAAUUCUGUUGUUGAUUCACAACAUGGCUUGGUCAUUUGCAGGAAUAACAUUGUAUGGUAGAAGAAGGGUGGUAUGGUGGAGCAUUGGUUAGCAUUACGCUUCAAAGCAAGAAGGUCUAGGUUCAUCUCUCAGCCUUUCUGGGUGGAGUUUACAUGUUCUACUCUUGCAUUGCAAGAGGAGUCCAGCCAAGACCAAAUGAGAUUUCAACUUUAUUCUCAGAAAUAUCUAAUCAGUUUUUCUAAACGUACGUCGCUUUGGCAUUUGAUAGCAAUUUACACUU